UAUACCUACAAUCAUAUAUCCACUCUCUGCUUUUAUCCAUCUCCUCUAUAUUCGAUUCGAUAUAUAUAUAUAUAUCCCCUUGUAGUUAGCAUUAUAUAUCUACUGUUUGUAGUCAUUCUAGAGAGAGAGAGAGAGAGUUAAUUAAAUGGAAAAUUCUCACAGAAGUAGGGUUCGGAAAUACAGGAAAUCAUUGAUUCCUCGGAUGAGGUGGACGCCUGAGCUUCACGAUCACUUUGUUGAAGCUGUUCGUAAGCUUGGAGGGAAGCACAAAGCAACCCCAAAGAGGAUUCUGCAAAUGAUGGGUGUUCGAGGGCUUGGAAUUUCUCAUAUAAAAAGUCAUCUCCAGAUGUACAGGAGCACGAAGGAAUCCAUCGAUUUAAACAAGAUUAUUGCAAUAAAGAAGUCUAAAAGAACUAACAAACCUGCAGAGUGCUGUAUCACCUUGGAUCUCCCUCUACAGGAAGUUUAUUGGCAAGGAGGAUUCACAGAUGUACCAACUCAGAGACAACAAGCAUCUACUACUUGUCAGGAGGGAAAAACAAGAAAAUUCGAUCCAUAUUCUGAAAAUCUAUGCCCAGUACAGGGCGAAAAGGAUAGCAGGAGAAUAAUUAGCAAAGAUGGCAAUAACAACAACAAUAAUAAUAAUAGUAGCAGUACGAGGAUGGAGGAGGUGCAGGAGAUAUGGACAAACAAUGACGUCAGCAGCAUAGGGUUAGGGUUAGGGAUAAACAGGUCUUGUGUUUCUAGAAGCAGCAGCAGCAGCAGCUUCGAAAGCUUUCAUGAAUCGGCCAGCUGUCAUCCCCUCCAAUAUGCUCCUAUCAACCUUAACCUAACCAUGUCCUAAUCAUAUAUACAUAUAUAUAUACUUAUUAUUAUAAAUAAAUAAUACUACAUUGCUUAGUUAAAUUACAUCUUUUUCUAGCUACCUGAAUUUGUUGAUUAUAUUUAAGAUUUUCCUUUUUUUAAAUGCAUAUUGUGUUUUGAUCUAUAUAUGCGAUGUAAUCGUCACAAUACAUAUAUACAAGU